AAGUGGCGCUGGUGACAGUCAGGUCUGGGAACUUACCGAGCGGGUUUCCAUCGAGGAUCAGCACAUUUACAGCCUCGAAAAUCGUCAGAGAGGCCCUGAAGACCAAGGCACUGAUCUAAAGAUCCUCCCUGUCACCACGGCCGUCCGUGAAGCAUUUAUCACGGGAGACUUGUCAAGGGCUGAAGAGCUACUCACGCAAGAGAUCGAAGCUGAUGCCACCAACCACAUCUCCUAUGCUAAUUGCUCGCUCAUUAUGGCUCGCAAACUCGAGUGGGACCGCGCCCUUCAAAAUGCGGCCAAGUCCCUCAGCAUAAAGCCUUCCUUGAUAGGAUAUAUUACCAAAGGUAUGGCUUUCUGCGGCAAACAGAAUGUCCACGACGCCGGGGCAGCCUUUGACUUCGCUUUCACGUUCGCAAACGGAGACUCGAAGACCACCCUUCUCCUUUUCUUGAUCAAGGCUAUCGCAUUGUUCAAUGCAAAUGAACACGAAGCGGCAAUGAUGCGUGUCAAAGAGCUAGCUGCCGGUCCCAGUGUAGAUCAGGUUGCCUGUCUUGUCGUGGAGGCGUAUCUGCAAGUCCAACUGGGAACCAUUGCCUUCAAUAACAAGUUUUACAACGAAGCUGUUGAAAUUUUCAUUGCCGCUGCGAAGGCCAGCAAGUUCUUUGCCAACCUGCCAAUCCAUACUAUGUACGAGGAAUUCACAAUGCUCUUCGGCUGGGACCUCAAGUCGCUGUGGCAAUCCGCCAACAGGCAUUUGUGCACUGUACUCCUUCGGACAGGUAAAUAUGCAGAAGGCCUCGAAUUGUACCUAUCCAUGAUGGAGGUAAGCGAUGAAGCUACAAAAGCUAGCACACGUGCUUGGUUCGCUGCUUUCAGGUAGAAUGUAGGGUGAUAUAUUCUCCCAACAGCGACCCUGCCCUCCCUGCAAGCGGCUGCAUAUGCAUUUUGACACCAACAUCUUCUGUGCGAUUAUCCCGACAUCACGUGUAUUU